AUGGUCCUUUUGGGCUUUGCACUUAGCAAUCUCAACGCUACAAUUGUUAAAAAGGAGACCACUCCGUCUCUUCUCAAAUCUACUGCUACUGACGAUUUCCAAAGACACAAGGCCAACACACUGGUAUCCCUCACUACCACUCAGCCUUCAGUUGACAACACUACCAUAUUUCUUGCACCUGUCUGCCCGCAAGACAACAAUCAGCCUCCGGCUCGGCCUCCAAAUGCUACCUUCCAGGACCCUUCCGUAAUUUCGGCCUCGCCUGAGGGCCUACACACAAAGGAUCACUCCACCAACAGCUUUCACCAACAAACAGUCCGUGAAUCAGCAACCCAGGACCUAACCGUGGAUGCUCUCGCUGCACACGAAGUGGAAACCGCGAAUAACCACACCAUUGAAGCCGCUCGAGCUGCUGCUAGGGUUGUUCGCAUCCAGAAUGCUGCUCUUGAGCUUAACUUUGAGCUUCCUCGCGAAAGCUGUGAGACUGAGAAAUGGGAGCUCAGUGAGUGGUUGAUGGUCAGGGUCGAUCAAGAGGCAAUAUAUAAAAUCCAUGAUGUUUUCAUGAACUUGUGCCAACUUGCCAUUUGUGACAUUUGUGAAAAUCGAUGUCUUCACGUGGGCUGUGUGAUGAAGCUGAUCACCGAUUUGGGAUGCCAAGGGCUACUAGCUGCGCAGUACGCAUUGAUUAGAAAGCUGGCUGGGGGAUUAGAAGGUGGAGGUGAUGUUUCGCACACCGAUACCAUCUCGGAGAUAGGUUCCUCGUACCUCCCAUCUGCGAAAACGCAUAUAUUCCUUAAGUACGACAAAUUAUUGAUUAAAACUGCUUUAUACAUUACAGUCAUUCCGCCCAACACAUCAAGACCCUCGAAGAAAGGAACAAAGGGCAGAAACUUACUAUCAAUCACUCAUACUGGUAGUAGCUCUCGACAGGAUCACAUGGUUGAGAACGUGAGCACCGCCCGUUCUCUGAAACCAUAUCCUAAUAUCCUAACACGAAUCAAGAAUGGCGCACAGAAUGAGGACCCAAAUUGGAAUGUGGCUGCGACAAAUACUGUCAUCGUGAGUCGUUGGGGUGGUACCGAGCCCUUGUGUCGCACGUAUCUCACGCGAUACUAUACCCAUGUACUGCGCUAUUCACUCAUUAGGACUAGUUCCUUUUUGGUACAACCUUACAAUACAGUGGUUCAAUUCACCUUGUUUGGAUCUCAAUACCUCGUUGACUCGCCUACCCUAUGCCCCCUUUCUCAGCUCAUGCGAGACCUUGUACUACGCCGUAUCUUUGGAUGCAUUUAUUGUAAUUAG